UAUCGCUGGUUUUGUUAUGUGUCAUCGGAACAGUGGGAGUCAACAUCCUGUCAAGUUAGAAGAGUCUGUCUUGAUUUGUUUGUUCUCGUUAAAUGCUGGGAAAUUGUUUGACUCACUCAUUAUCUGUCAUUGCUAAAUGCAAGUAGGUUUCAUCUAAUCUAACAAAAUGCACAGACGCAGGACGAGAAACAACUUCACUUACGUUAGUUCGUGCGUGAAGUACAUGAUAUUCUUACUGAAUUUCAUUUUUUGGCUUUUUGGAGGUCUUUUGAUUGGAGUUGGUCUGUACGCCUUUGUUGAUAAAUGGCAAGCAACAGGUCUUAUUAAAGUUGAAACAAUAUACGAUGUUGUUUUAAAUAUAUCUCUUGUUAUGGUCAUCGCUGGCGGAGUCAUUUUCAUAGUGAGCUUUGCUGGGUGUGUUGGAGCUCUACGGGAGAACACUUGCCUUUUAAAAUUCUACUCCCUGUGUCUACUCGUCUUUUUCCUUCUAGAAAUGGCGAUUGCUAUCAUGGGUUUUGUGUUCCCCCACACCAUGCAGUCUGUUUUGGAAGAAUCUUUUACAGAUAAAAUAAUUCACACCUACAGGGAGGAUGCAGAUCUACAGAAUUUAAUUGACUUUGCACAACAGGAGUUUAAAUGUUGUGGUCUCAGCUCAGAAGGCUACAUGGAUUGGUCAAAAAAUGAAUAUUUUAACUGUUCCUCGCCCAGUGUUGAACGCUGUGGUGUGCCAUUCUCCUGCUGCAUGAAUGCUACAGAUAUCAGUAGUGGGCUUAUUAACAUAAUGUGUGGCUAUGGCGUCCAAGAACUCUCGGUUGCAGAGGCUAGUAAGAAAGUGUGGACAAGUGGCUGCAUAGAAAUUGUGCGUUCCUGGGCAGAAAGAAAUUUAUACACCAUCGCAGGCAUUGCUUUGGGCAUAGCUUUAUCCCAGCUGUUUGUUAUAUACCUGGCAAAAACAUUGGAAGGACAAAUAGAAAUGCAGAAAUCUCAGUGGAAUACAUGAAAUAUUGCCUACCGCCUCGGAUGAAAUAUUCGGUAGGUAUAUCUCUGUUAUAAAAAACCAAAAAUCUAUUUACAAGGACCAUUUAUGCCGGCCAUAAAACUUUGCCUGUGUAACUGUGUGGACAAUACUGGAAGAAGUUAAUUACCAUAGCGUAUGCUGUGUGCUUCUUCUGAAAAGUGAAAAAUAAUAGUAAGCUUGUAAAUAUGAUGAUCCAUUUUGUGUAUAGACUAAACUGUUUCAAGCUUGUAAAAUUUCAAGUAUUAUGUUUGCAUUGAAAAGCAUUGUAUUAUUAAUAAGCACAUAGACCCAUGGAAGAAUCCUUGUUAACAAAGUUUGAAACAGUGACUUGACUGAAUCCAGUGUAGCAAAACUUGAGAUUUACAUGACUAAGAUGAGAUGUUUACAAGAUAGUGCACACAAAGAAAGGAAAGAAGAAUGAAACAAGAGGAUCACAAUAAAUUUCCAAUAUUGAAUUUUUUUAAGAGAAAGGGUGUGUGUAUGCUUGUGUUUAUGGGACGGAAAGGAAAACUAAGUCUUAUUAUUUUACUAUUAGAAAUGCACAGAAGAUAAAACGUCCUUGUGAUUGACCCGUAGGGGAAAUGUAUGAAAUGGUGGAACUUCUUGAUAUCUCCUAUAGCAAGACAUACUGCCCUGUUAAACUCAAAAGUUAACUACAUAAUGUGCCUCUAACCCAGAUUCUGUAGCAUUUCAGAAAUAGCCACCUAAUGUUUAUGACAGCUGGGUAAUUAUUCAAUAUUUCGUUGAGACUCAGACAGUUACUGUCUUAUUGACUGAACAUUUUUUUAAACUCUGUCUAUACCAUUUUGUUGAAUGGCUUCACAAAUGUAAGAACUUCAGUAUACCAUGAAAUGUAUUAUAUUUGCACAUUUUGUAUGUCAAGAAACUAUCAGUCUUCCUGAAAAAUGUUGUAUCCUUGCAAAUGGAAGACAAGAUAGUCAGUAUGAAAGUGAGGAAGUCAGUUUAAAUUGUGUGAUUUCGAAAUUUUUUGCUUUAAGUGGCAGUUGUUGUUUAGAAUCUCAGUACAUUUUACUUGUUUUAUUCAUGUCUGAAGAAAGAAUCUGUAUCCUGAUAGUGUGGAAGUUGCUGAUUGUGAAGAAUUGUUUUCGAGAACUAUGCUCUUAAACAGUUACAUAGUUUUUAGUCACUGACUUUAAGAAUCAUGUUCUGUAGAAUCUCAACUAUGUUGCAAUUAAUUUUUAAAAUUAAAUAGAUCUAUUUUUGAAAACUUGUAUCUGCUGUGGAUAAAAUUUCAUGUGUUUUGAAGCAUUCCAGUAUGUUUUUGCUUUACCACAUAUAAAAGAAUACAAAAAUUAAAAAUGCAAACUCUGAGCUCUGCAGCCACUUUUUGUAAUAUAUUUUUAAACUUUUAUCCAAAACAUUCCUAUUUAUUGAAUAUUAUGGAGUGUUAGUUAUUGCAAGUCUUGCAUUUUCUGUUGGAGACUUCAAUUUAAAUUAUUACUAAAAUUGUUUGUUUUGAUAAGAACAACCAGCUUUACUAAAGGGUAAUAUUGUUUUCCUAUUGCUGUUUAAUUGUGAUAAUGUACAAGUAUUGCUUGACUUGUUUUCAUAAUAGAUGACUUUUUUCCACUCAGCAGUUCAUUUCAAAAGUUGUCUGGCUGAAUGACUCACUUUAAGUAUCAGCAUUCUCAUCAAAAACCCUGAAAAAUUUAAUGUUCGUUUCAAAUAAAUUAGAAAAAAGUGAUAGUUCCUUAAGUCCCCACAUUGCAGAAAUAUUAAUAAUAGUACAGUAUUACGCUAAAUGAAGUAUCUACUUGUACUUUCUCUUUGUCUGAAAGUGAAUAUCUUCUCCCUACCUGUCUUUUUCUGGUUUCUACUGUGAAUUAUUUCCAAUUUUUUUUAAAAAUUGAAAUAUUGUCCUUUUUUUGUUCUUCAUUAUAGGCUACCAUGUCAUCACUAAAACAUUGUUAAUUUCUUAAUUGGAAUAUCGUCAAAUAGUUUACUGUGGUGAAAUGUGUAAUACUUUGCCAUUCUGAUAAAGGCAUGUGCAUUUUCAAGUUGUCAAGGAACCAGCAAUCUGGCUGGAGGCUUUUCACUGCAAAUUUUCAAAAUCUUUUAAGAUCCUUGGGAAAUCAUUGACUGUUGGCUUGUUACUAUAAAGAUGAUACAUAUCACAUGGUAAAAGCAUUUGAAGUCAAAAUUAACUGUCCCCAUUAAAUGUUGUGUGUCAUUUUUGUACAUGACUGCAACAAUAUGUGUUAGUAAAUAAAUUCUGAUUAAUUUACAGAGUAUUUUACUAGUUUCACUCUUAACAUUCCAGUAGAUAGCUUCAAGUCUCAAAAGUAUUAAAACUUUCACUUUUGAGUGUGAAAAUAUUCUGCUACAAAAAGUGCACAAAUUCAAACAUCAUUAAGCAGUUACAGUAAUUUCUGCACUAGUCCAACUGCAGUAUUAGUUUUCAAACAACAUUUCAACUGACAACUGUUAGGGUAAUAAUCCUUCAUGUGUCGAUCUUAUGUUUCACCGCUUGUUUCCAUAACUAACAGAUUUAAAUUUCUGAACACUUCAAAUUGAUCUUUUUUCUGUAUUAUCUGAAACACAUUUUUAAGGGUCCAUAUUAUCUGAAAUUCUCUCCCUCCCUCCCUCCCACCUCCCGCAUCAAAAUUACAAGAAAAAUAAGGGGUCUGAAAAUGGAGGAGGAAACAAACUUAGACAUAUUGGGAGCAGAUUUAUUUUUAAUGAGAUGCUUUAAAGACAAACAUUAAUUACAGAGGAGGAGUGGUAAUUUUAGGACAGUCAUGUACAAAAUAUAAUGAUUUAGGCACUAAAUAUAUUGUAAAUUUCUCCUUUUUUUCAGGUAAAGAAAUAUGUUCACUUUGAUUCCUAAAAAAACUUUCAUUUGACAGCUCCUUGUUUGUGAAUAAAAUAGAUUGCUAUUCACCAUACAGAGGAGGUGUUGAGUUACAGAGAGGCACAAUAAAGAUUGCUACAAAAGUGAGCAUCUGCCCAAAAGUGCUUUGUCUAACAUAGAAAACACACACACACAUCCACACACACAUGACCACUGUCUCUGGACACCAAGUCUGACCUUGAUAGCCAGAGACAGUGGUGUGUGUGUGUGUGUGUGUGUUUUCAAAGUAAAAGUCAGCCUUUUGGCCAGAAGCUCACUUUUAUAUAAGUCUUUCUGUUGUCUUUCUGUUGUGUCUGUCUAUGACUCAACAUAUCUUCUAUAUGGUGAGUAGCAGUCUGUCCUUUUCAUAAUAUUGUAUUUUUUCCAUUGCUUGAACUCCUUAUUUGUGGAACAUUUGAUACUGUAAUUGUUGUUAGCAGUUCUCUUACUAAAGUUUCACUCCAUUUCUAUUGGGGUGUUUGCUCCUGCUUGAAAUUGGUCAGCAUUCUGUAGGACUGUUCUGUAUUUAUGAAAUCUGAUCGUUCAGAAUCACACUGACUGCUUUGUAACUUUGUAUGAUUACCUACUUAGAGACAUUAUUAUAUGUAAGAUGUCUUUGUCCGCCAAUGAAGAGUGUAAUAUAUCUUCCUUCUGGUCUUCUUCAAAUCAAUUUUUAUUUUGAUGCUUUGCUAUAUUUUGUGAUUUAAAAUAAAUUUCCCUUCAAGUUACUUGGUCUAUGAACCAUCUAGUGCUUUCAGGUGAUGAGAAGACUGGUGGUUGGAAUCAAAAGCAGCUCUGAUAUUUUAUUUGUGUGUGUGUGUGUGUGUGUGUGUGUGUGUGUGUGUGUGUGUGUUUCACAUUAACACUGAGGCAGGUUGAAUGGCAGUACUUCGUGAAGCUCCAUUGAGAGAAGUGCUGCACAUCUACUGCUAUGAAACUGAAGUGCUCGGUUCAACACUGCCUGAACAUAAGUUUUUGUUUCCACUUCCGUCAUACAUCACUCUAAAUAAGGCAGUUGGACACACCCAACACUAGUCUUUCCCACACUUGAGGUUCCUAACACCACAACUUGAGGCCGAAUUCUUAAACUUAGUUUUCCAUGGAGAGUUCAAAAUACAUACAAUUUGCCUCUUACUGCUGUACUAUCAUUUCACAAUGAUGCAGUUGCAAUAUAUACAGAUUUUUAAAUUAAAUUACAAUGUUUAUUGCUAACUACUGUGAACAUUCCCAAAACAUUCUCAUAUUUGACUUGUAGAAAAUAACACUGGUUCAGCCCAAACUUGGUUGUUCCCAGUUUCUAAUUUUUCACAUACUGAGUAUCAUAUUUGUUAGUACUUACAAAGUGAUGAUUAUGAGCUCAAUAAAUAAUUUUAUUUUUAUUUAUAAUUGUAGUAAAAACUUUUUGCAAGUUUUGUAGAUGUGAUAACACUCAUCUCUUGAUGAUAUUUUAUAAAAAUAUACAAGUACAGUGCAACAGGAUACUGAUAAGCACAAACAAUAUCUGUUGAAAUAUUCUUGGCUCUGUAAAGCCCUUGGCAUUUUUGUUGUAAAUUAACAUUCCUUAUUAGUUGGAACUAUUACAAGUAGCUUUGUGCCAAAUUUUAUGCAUCAAAUAUUUGUAAGAAUAAUCAUUUUUGGUACAAUAA